AUGAACAUGGUUUGGUUUGCUGUCCUUUCACUGGUGCACCUGGAGCUUUACAUGAGAGUUGGCUCAGCACCAAUCUGUGCCUAUGGGCAGACUGGAUGCCAUGUUCCUUCCCUGGCAGAUCUCUUCGACAGGGUCAUACAACAGUCCUCCAGAAUGCAUGGGAUCUCCAGUGAUCUUCACUCUGAAUUUGAGCAAUAUUCCUUUCCCAACAAGAACCUCAUAGGAAAACGAAAGUGCCACACACAUGGCAUACAAACACCUGAUGACAAAGAAAAUGUACAAAGACUAGGGCGAGAAGAACUGACAGAAGUGAUCCUAAGGCUGCUGGGGGCUUGGGGUAACCCCUUGACACAACUCCACCGAAGCAUGUCUCAGGAUCAGAAUCAAGAUUUCAACCACUACAGCUCCAACAAGGCACUGGAGAUUAGUGAUAUAGUACAUGAAUUGAGGGAUGGAGUGGCAAAAAUGGCAGAGAAGAUGAGGCUACUAGGAGUGCUUGGUAACACUGUGGGUUACAUCUCUUCUGAGAGUCUGGUCCCCUCCUCUGCCCUUUCCUUCUACAAACAAGGAGAACUCAACUCUAUAGACCAUAAUGACCUCCUUUACUGCUUCCGGAGAGACUCCAACAAAGUCAAAAAUUAUCUCCGUAUUUUGAAAUGCACCACUCUUCCUGAACUGGAUUGUUAA